AUGGCACCAAAACGGAGGAACCUUAGGCGCGACACCUCAGACCCUAUGCCUACUACACAGGCAGAACUGAAUCAGCUCCUUGAAGAGCGAAUCUCGCAAGAAAUCGCCCAAUAUGAGGCCAACCGCAAUGAACACAGUGGCGGAUCUGGUGGAACUGGCGGCCAAGGUCAGGGAGGCACAUCUGGUGGCAACGCCACAAAUGGGUGCACGUACAAACAAUUUCUCGACUGCAAGCCUCUCAAUUAUGAUGGUACUGGAGGUGCAGUGGCAUUUGUACGAUGGACAGAGAAAACUGAGUCCACUAUUCGCAUGAGCCGAUGCACUCCUGAACAGACAGUGGUUUACGCUACAGGGCUAUUUGUGGACGAAGCUCUAACUUGGUGGAACCUUCAGGUUCAAACUCUAGGAGACGUUGCAGCCUACGGGCUAACUUGGGAAGAAUUAAAGGAACGCAUGAGAGAAAAAUAUUGUUCUAGAGCUGAGCUGCAAAAGCUGGAGACAGAAUUUUGGCACCUUGAAAUGGUAGGUGCCGACGUUUCAGGAUACACCCAGAGAUUUCAUGACUUAUCACGAGUGAUUCCGUAUAUGGUCACUCCGGAAUUCAAAAGAGUCGAACGAUACAUAUGGGGUCUUCACCCCGAGAUCAGGAGUCUAGUUAGCUCGGCACAACCUACCACCAUAACUCAAGCUGUUACCUUAGCAGUGAGCCUCACUGAGGAGGCAGUGAGAAUGGAGAAGAUUCCUGCGAAGGGUUCGGAAAAGAAAGAGACUCACGUAGAGUCUACUAGUGGUGGAAAGCGAAAAUUUUCACACUCCAACAAGGGUAUGCGUGUGAACAACAACGACGGCACCAAUGCUAACAAACGAAGGGAAGUAAACCCACCAAGAGGUGGCAAGGCUUUCACAGCAACCAACGAAACUAGGGGUAAAGGCUAUUUAGGCACCCUGCCUAAAUGCGACAAGUGUAAGUAUCAUCAUGAGGGCCGUUGUGCAAAGUGUGAUAAAUGCGGUAGGAUAGGCCACUAUAAGGAAACAUGCUGGGUAGGAAGGGGAAAAGGAAACACAAACCGUGGAGGAAAUGGUAACAACAAUCAAGGUAGAAAUGACAACGGGAAUGGAACUGGAAACAGAAAUGGAAACAACAAUGGCAACGGAAAUGGAGCUGGAAAGGGGCAAGGAUGCUACAACUGUGGUGACAACGGGCAUUAUAGGAAGGAUUGCCCUAAGGAAAACCAGGCUCGUGGGAGAGCUUUUGUGAUCGGAGCCCGAGAUGCACGACAGGACCCGAACGUUGUUACGGGUACGUUCCCUAUAAACCAACACUGUGCAUCCGUUCUAUUUGAUACUGGCGCAGAUUUUAGUUUCAUAUCUAUAGAAUUUAAGAAUAUACUUGGCCUAGAUUCGAGUAAGCUAGAUGUCCCGUAUUCUAUAGAAUUGGCGAACGGAAAAUUAGUCGAAGCGGAUGAGGUUAUUAAGGGUUGUACACUCGAUCUUGGGGAGCGAAAAUUUUCUAUCGACCUUUUACCCGUUGGGUUGGGUAGUUUUGACGUAGUUGUCGGAAUGGAUUGGUUGUCCGACAACCGGGCGGAAGUAAUUUGUCAUGAGAAAACUAUCCGCAUCUCACUCCCAAAUGAAGAAACGCUUGUAAUUCAUGGGGAGAAGCUUGAGACACCCCUACGAAUCAUUACAUGUAUGAAGGCGCAAAAGUGUCUCCGAAAAGGCUGUAUAGCUUUCCUCGCCCACGUAGUCGACAAGGAAACCAAAGAGCCGAAGCUAGAAGACAUCCCUGUCGACGUUGAGGGUGCCGUUGAUGAUGACGAUGAUGGUUACAGACGGCGGCAGCAGAACAGAUCUACCGCCGGUGACGUCAGCGGUGGCGAAUCUGAAUAG